AUGGAGCCUCCCAGACAAUUCAACCUGAUCGAUGCCAGCAUUUCCGAGAUCCAGGCCGCGCUCGACUCGGGAUUGAUCAGCAGCACGGAACUGGUAGCGCGCUAUCUCCGCCGCAUCAGCGUGUAUGAUGCCUCGACGCUCAAGCUAAGCGCCAUCCCCGUCAUCAACCCAGCGGUAUUCGACGAAGCAGCCGCAUCUGAUGCACGACGCGCAGCCGGGCUGCCCGCGCGGCCCCUCGAGGGCAUUCCGUAUCUCGUCAAAGACAGCAUCAAGGUGAAGGGAAUGACCGUCGCCUGCGGAUCGCCCGCCUUUGAGAAUCUCGUCGCCACCGAAGACGCCGCAUGCGUGCAGGUCCUACGCGACGCCGGCGCCGUGCUGCUGGGGAGAACCAACAUGCCCGCCAUGGCGUACGGCGGCAUGCAGCGGGGUUGCUACGGUCGCGCCGAAAGCCCAUACAAUCCGGAGUACUUGACAGCCGCGUAUGCGUCCGGCUCAUCGAACGGGUCUGCGACGGCGACCACGGCCAACUUCUGCGCCUUCAGCUUGGGCAGCGAGACCGUGUCCUCGGGCCGGUCGCCGGCCUCGAAUAACUCCAUCAUCGCCUACACCCCGUCGAAAGGCCUGCUCCCCCUCCGCGGGGUAUGGCCUCUGUAUCCGACCUGCGACGUGCUAGUGCCGCAUACGCGCACCAUGUCCGACCUGUUCCGCGUUCUCGAUGUCCUCGCCGUGGUGGACCAGACGCCCACCGGUGACUUCUGGAACGAGCAGAAAAUCAUCCCCCUGCCAUCCAUCGACACUCUCCGCCCGAAGACGUUCCAAGAGCUCGAAAGCGGAUCGUCGCUGCGCGGCAAGCGCCUGGGCGUCCCCACCAUGUUCAUCGGCGGCGCAAACCCCCUCCCCGACAAGGUCUGCACCCGGCCCUCCAUCCUGAAGCUCUGGGAGGCGACCAGACGUGCGCUCGAGGCGUGCGGCGCCACAGUGGUGGAGGUGGACUUCCCCGUCGUGACGGUAUAUGAAGCGAAAGCCCACACCGGCGAGAUCGUGAACGUCAAGGAUCUCCCCGAGGGCUGGCAUUCGAAGGAGCGAUGCCAGGUGGUCGCUCAUGCGUGGGACGAUUUCCUCGUCGCGAACGGCCAGCCGGGCCUGGAGUCGCUGUCCUGCGUGGAUCCAGACAUGAUCUUCCCACUGGCACCCGGGUCGCUGAGAGGCACGCCCGACGCCGCGAACCAGCUGCGAUGGCACGAGAUGGUCGAAUACCCCAAGACCAAACCGGAGUCCAUUUUCGAAAUCACCGACUUGGACCAGGCGCUGAAAGCCCUCGAGGCCGCUCGAAAGGAGACCUUUGAGAAGUGGAUGGACGGUCUGGGCCUCGACGCCGUCGUCUUCCCGGCCAACGGCGACAUCGGACGCGCGAACGCGGAUGUGGACCCGGAUUCGUCGCUGUACGCCUGGCGCAACGGGGUGAAGUACUCGAAUGGAAACCGCGAAAUCCGUCAUCUGGGCAUCCCGACUAUCUCCGUCCCGAUGGGCCUCAUGGAGGACACCGGAAUGCCGGUGAACUUGACUUUUGCCGGAAAGGCGUACGAUGAUAUGGAGCUGCUGCGAUAUGCUUAUGCCUUUGAACAGGCAACCAAGUAUCGUCGACUGCCGCCCCUUGUGCCUGCGCUGGAUUCCGAUGUUGUUUCGAAGACGGGUGCUUCUCCGGAGAGCGCGCAGAAGGACAGACCUUAUAUUGAGAUUAAAUCCCAGAUCGAAGAUGUGGCGGACUCGACAGUGAAACUUGAAAUCCAGGGAACGUUGGAAAGUAGAGGAAACGGAGAGCUGAAAAGCCUUUCUUGUUACGUCAAUGGGGAUGUCGUUGCAGUGCAGAUUGAUGGCAACUCGUGGCUAGUGACAACGACUUAUCUAGAGUCAUCGCGCGAUAGACCAUGGUCACGAUGGUCUAGCCCUGCGUUGGCGCAGACGAUCGUGAUCCUCGAGGCUCAUACCACUACGGACGUCGUCGCUGGGAGAUUGCUGCUGCUUUGA